CACAUUUUCAAAAACGAAUGGGAUUUCCUUUAUAAAGCAACGUUAACUGGAGAAUGGAAAGACACGGCACAAAAUGGACAUGAUUUUUACAACAAAGAAUCUAAAGCAAGUCGCAAGAAAAACGCCCGAUCUCUGGCAAUAAUCAACAAUGGUGACACGGCAGAGUGGGACUGUACCUGUUUGUUUUUUGCCAUUCUGUACUCGGACAGCAUUGGUAAAACCUUAAGCCCAGGUGUCCGUAAAGAGGUCGAUGAUAUUCGUCAGGUGCGAAACGAGAUUGCUCAUAUCACCGAGGCUAAGUUGACAGAUGCCGACUUCCAAAAUUCUGUAGACAGAGUGUUGAACGCUUUUACAUCCCUUGGUCUGGCUAUAACUGAGAUUCAAGAAAUAAAGAACCAGAAGACCUUUCCGACGAAGGAAGUGGAAAAAAUUAGGAAGCAAGUUUGUGAUCUCCAAAUCGAGUUAGAUCAGACAAAAAGCACUCUUCAAAGUACCGAAGCUGCCCUGGUUUCUCUCACACAGGAAAUAAGUUGGGAACUUCAGCCAUUUUGCAUUCUCGCAUUGUGCCCACCACACGAUACUAUCAGGCGCUCGCAUGAUAUUGAAAGAAUCACUAACGAAAUGAAGGAACUUUACAAAAGUUCAACUGGGUCAGUCAGUACAGUGUAUUUGUCAGGAAAUCCAGGAUGUGGCAAGAGCCAACUUGCCCGGGAAAUCGGACAACAGUUCUUUUCUAAACAAAACAAUGAUCUUAUCUUUGUGGCGACACUGAACACAGAAAGCAUUGACAAACUUGCUGACUCUUACCUCACCCUUGGGAGACACUUAGGGAUAACAGAAUACGCGUUGAAAGGUUUAGAAUCUAUAAAAGAAGAGAAACCUAGUGAAGCAAUUAAACAGCUCCAUCGCUUGAUUUUGCCGAAGACCAGCAAGUUUACCAAAUGGUUGAUAAUAGCAGACAAUGUGAUUGAUUUACGCUUAGUCCGCGACUUGCUUCCUCAAACUGGCAGUAAAGAAUGGGGCCAUGGGCAAGUGCUGAUAACCACUCAAGAUAGUGGAACAAUUCCUCAAAACGCUCCCCACAUGUAUCAGGAAUCGUUAAGCAAAGGAAUGAGGCGGGACGAGGCAGUGGAAUUGCUGAAAACAGUAUCGCGAAUUUCCGAGCGAGUACAAGCAGAAAAUGUCGCUGAACUUCUCGAUUUUCAGCCACUGGCCUUAGCUGCUGCUGCUUAUUUCGUGCAAACUGUUGUGACCAGUGGGUCUUCAAAUUAUAAUUGGAAAGCAUACCUUCAAGACAUAUCAACAUACAGCCAGCGAAAAUCGGCCGAAACUGUCCUUGCUAAUGAGAGUCCAGCCUACGCUAAAACAACAUUGGCCGCAGUGGAAAUGGCUAUCCAAAGAGCUGUUGAAACAGACGAGGUUCUUCUUCAUACAUAUUCUUUUCUUUCGCUCUGCGCUAACGACGACCUACCACUCGAAACUGUUUUAAAGUUCGUCAAAGCCCAAGUAAAGGAGCAUCCAGAGGUUUUAAUGAAGGCAAACAUUGUAAGGUCCUCUUUAAGUCUUUUUCAUUCCGAGGAAGGGGGUGAACGAACUUAUUUACGUUUACAUAAAGUUGUACACGACGCUUUGAAACGAGGCGAGAUAGCUAACCUGAAAUCAUACCGGGAGAGUGACCACACCAUGGCAGAAGCGGUAAAGAUCUUCAACUCCCAACUCGAAGAAAAUUACGAGAAUUAUGCGUUUUGUAAAAAAUUGAGGCCCCACUGUGAAUCUUUACUUAAGCAGAUGACGUCAGAGUUUAGUUCAGAUAAAAGUACUUUUUCAGAAAGGUUUGCGCUCUUCAUAGAUUUGGAUACAGUUAUUGAUUGGUUGCAUAAUCUCGCCAGGGUCUGUCAAAAAAGCUCCUAUUUCUUCUUUGCGAAAAGUGUGGUUAACUUAGCAAACGACCUACUGCGGAACUUAGACGACAUUUCAACAGGUGCGUUUGCUCGUAAAGGAAGGAUUUUGAAUGUAACUGGCCAAGUGCAUCACGGGCUGGGAGAAUACAAUCAAGCCAAAGAACUUCACGAAAAAGCACUGAUAAUUCGCAAAAAGAUUUUUGGUGAAGAUCAUGCCGAUGUAGCAACAAGUUAUAACAACUUGGCAUUAGUGUACGACACUCUGGGAGAAUACAAUAAAGCCAAAGAACUUCACGAAAAAGCACUGAUAAUUCGCAAAAAGAUUUUUGGUGAAGAUCAUGCCGAUGUAGCAACAAGUUAUAACAACUUGGCAUUAGUGUACGACACCCUGGGAGAAUACAAUCAAGCCAAAGAUCUUCACGAAAAAGCACUGAUAAUUCGCAAAAAGAUUUUUGGUGAAGAUCAUGCCGAUGUAGCAACAAGUUAUCACAACUUGGCAUUGGUGUACAAACGUCUGGGAGAAUACAAUCAAUCGAAAGAACUUCACGAAAAAGCACUGAUAAUUCGCAAAAAGAUUUUUGGUGAAGAUCAUGCCGAUGUAGCAACAAGUUAUAGCAACUUGGCAUUAGUAUACGACACCCUGGGAGAAUACACUCAAGCAAAAGAACUUCACGAAAAAGCACUGAUAAUUCGCAAACAGAUUUUUGGUGAAGAUCAUGCCGAUGUAGCAACAAGUUAUAACAAUUUGGCAUCAGUGUACGACACCCUGGGAAAAUACAGUCAAGCCAAAGAACUUCACGAAAAAGCACUGACUAUUUACAAAAAGAUUUUUGGUGAAGAUCAUGCCAAUGUAGCAACAAGUUAUAACAACUUGGCAUCAGUGUACGACAGCCUGGGAGAAUACAGUCAAGCCAAAGAACUUCACGAAAAAGCACUGACUAUUUACAAAAAGACUUUUGGUGAAGAUCAUGCCGAUGUAGCAACAAGUUAUGACAACUUGGCUUUAGUGCACUACACCCUGGGAGAAUACAAUCAAGCCAAAGAACUUCACGAAAAAGCACUGACUAUUUACAAAAAGAUUUUUGGUGAAGAUCAUGCCGAUGUAGCAACAAGUUAUAACAACUUGGCAUUAGUGUACCGACGCCUGGGAGAAUACAAUCAAGCCAAAGAACUUCACGAAAAAGCACUGAUUAUUUACAAAAAGAUUUUUGGUGAAGAUCAUGCCGAUGUAGCAACAAGUUAUAACAACUUGGCAUUAGUGUACUACACCCUGGAAGAA